AUGGUGAUAAGGUUAUGGAAGUAUCCAUUAAUCAAAACAUGUAUUGCUGGUGGAUUGGGAUAUUUAACGUUUGGUAUGAUAGAUUCGGUUGAUUCGUGUCCUAUGCUGGAUGACAAUGAGAAAUGGAGGAAAUAUCGGUCAGAUUUCUAUGAAUUUUAUUUCAAAUUUGUGGAUAUUGUCGGCAAACGUCACUACAUCGAAGAACAAUAUCAGCAGAACAUACCCAAUGGAUCCUAUCUAAGAUGUGCGAUUGAUUCGUUAGAAAAGGCUCAUCAAAUUAUUAGGUUUGAUAGUGAUGAUAGAUUACGAAGAAAGAUUUUGCGCAAGGCUCAUCGUUACGCAAUCAAAGCAGUUACUGUUGAGCAAAAUGAAGAUUUGCGAGUUGAAAGUCAUAAAUGGUAUGGUCUUAUUAUGUUGAAAAGAGCCAAAUACGGAAACAAAGAAAAACGAUUACUGAAAUCAAUUAACGAGCUUGAAAAAGCAUUGGUUAUUGACAGCAUAGAUCCACAAAUUUGGUAUUAUUUAGGUAUUGCAAAUUAUGAGCUUGGUGAGUAUCAAAAUGCUGUCGAAUGUCAUUUACGGGCAAUGAAACUGAAACAGAGUGAUUGUCCUCAAAAUCAAUAUCACCUUGGAUUAGCUCAAAAACAAUUGAACACUCCAAAAUCUCGAGUAGAUGCAUGUAAUGCUUUCAAACAAGUUUUAACAAAACAUUGUGAUUCGGUCGCAGAUACUGUGAUACGACGUGCAGCAUUGAGAGAAUGCCAUGAAUGUAAAGAGUAUUUAUGA